AAAGAGCUUGGAUUUACCGUCGUCGUGGACAUGAGAGGAGCCACGUGGGGAACCGUCAAACCCAUAUUGAAAGUUUUACAAGAACAUUUUUCCGGAUACGUUCACGUUGCUUACAUAAUAAAACCGGAUAAUUUUUGGCAAAAGCAACGAACAUCGUUAGCUAGUCACAAAUAUAAAUUCGAGACCAACGUAAUAGGUUUGGAGUCGUUGCCCAAAAUCAUCGACACGUCUCAGCUCACUGCCGAUCUCGAGGGGACCUAUCAUUACGAUCACACACAAUGGAUCGAAAUGAGACUCGCCGUCGAAGAUUUCGUUUGGCAAGCUGCCGAUUUAUUGGAUCGAUUAGACGAUUUACAAGAAGAUCUUUCGCGUAAGGAUUUUGCAGACGACAUACAGGGAGCCAAACACAGCAUAGACAUACACGCGGAUCUUAAGAAGAAAAUAAUGAAAGCACCCGUCGAGGAAAUUGACAUGAUCGGUCAAAGAUUGUUGAGAAGGUUUUUCUUUUUUAAACGCUUUUCUUCUCCUAUACAUUUGGGGAAAAUUGUCGAAUACCUAACCGGUUACGACAGCGGGUAUUCCGGUAGGGACAGCGAAGCGAGUACCGUUUCUUUAAAUCCGGAUUUACAGUCUGCCGUGCCGCAGAUAUUGCAAAAUUUAGAAGCCAUACACGCGUCUCAACAGCAUUUGCUACAGCUUUGGCAUCACAAAAAAAUGAAAUUGGACCAAUGUUUUCAACUUCGGUUAAUCAUGUUCGAAUGGAUAUGUCACAAACGUGACGUUUUUCUUAUGAAUUACGUCGAAAUCGGUCAUUCUUAUCAACCCGCCAUUGAAUUGCAAGAGGAACACAGUCAUUUCGCAAUGAGUUCGAUGGAUGUCUACGUAAACAUAAAUCAAAUUCUGAACGUGGGGAGUCGACUCAUUGAGAGCAAUCAUUACGCGUCUCAACACAUUCGAACGGUCGCGACGAAAUUGGAUAGAGUUUGGAAAGAAUUCGCGGCCGCGCUGGAAAAGAGAACGUCCGUUUUGCAACUCUCGGUUUUGUUUCACAGGAAAGCAGAGCAGUACGUGGACAACGUGCAAACGUGGAAGCAGGCGUGCGAUAACAAUUUGAACAUUCCGAACGAGAUAAUCAUAUUGGAAUCGUACAUACGACAACAUCAGAGUUUGUACGAGUCCAUGUGUCAGGCUUACACGGAGGUUCACAGCACGAGUAAAAAACUUCUCUACCAGUUAGAUCACCUCGUGCAAAUAUGUAAUCAACCCGGAAACGAUGGCAACCGGAAACACGUCGAUACGAUUGAUGGAGUCGUCGGACGUCAAAAUGGUAAUCCGGCAGCGGAUUAUUCAGAAGGUGCCAGUCACGUUCUCGCCGUCAUACAUCAAAUACUCAAUCAUCAUAGAACGUUGGAAACAAAAUGGCAGGCGAAAAAGAUAAAACUUCACCAGAGGUUGGCACUGAGACUCUUUCAAGAGGACGUCAAGCAGGUUUUGGAUUGGUUGACGAAUCACGGAGAAGCUUUCCUAGAGAAAAAUGUCGCAAUCGGAAGGAAUUUACAAAAGGCGAGAGUUUAUCAAAAGAGUCACGAACAUUUUGAAAACGUCGCUCAAAACACUUACACGAACGCGGAAAAAUUACUCACGGCCGCGGAAGAACUUGCUCAAACGCGAGAGUGUAACGCCGAAGAAAUAUAUUCGGUCGCACACGAAUUGGAAAAUCAUGUUACCAGUUUUGCCAACAGAGUAGAGCAAAGGCGUCGGAGAUUAGAUUACGCCGUUAGAUUCUACAGCCACGACAAAGAGUUGAGCAAUUGGGUGGAUCAAUUACGGCAGGAGAUACAAAAUGUAGAAGCACCAGAAAGUCUCGAAGCUGCCGAACAGUUGUUGGAGCAGUGCUCGCAACAGAAAGAAUCAUCUUUGGACGCUUGCAAUCGUACAAUAGGAGAAGGUCAGGCACUCCUUCAGGAGCUCAGAAGCAUCGGUUUAACAAGCGAAAUGGAUACGACGGGAUCAGUCACAGCAGUCGAAUCUGCUCUCGACAGAAUUAAUAAGCAAAGGGAAGAACUCGAAGAAUUGUGGGCGACGAGAAAAUUAAAAUUGGAUCUUUGUCUUAGACUCAGAUUGUUCGAAAGGGACGCCCUAGAGGUAUCUUCUCAGUUGGAAUUAUGGGCGGAAAAACUUCAACACACGGAACUAAGUCGAAACGCUCAAAAAGCGGAACAUUUACUCAGGUUGCACAACGAAAGUGUCGCACACAUGCAAGAUACGACAUUUCAAGUUCUUCAAACCGGCCAAGAGUUGGCACAGGUUUUUGAAACAUCGAAAAUUUCACUCAUGGCGGAUAGUCAGUAUUCGGCUCAGACGAGAGUUCAAGUUUUAUUAGAGUUCCUACACGAGAGAGAAAUGGAUUUAGAAGACAUAGCUGAAAUAAAACGGGUUAAAUUAGAGCAAUGCGUACAAUUGUGUCAAUUUCAAAACGAUGCGAAUCAAGUCGUCAAGUGGAUAAGAAAUGGAGAAUCCAUGCUCACGGCUAGUUUUACCAUUCCCAACAGUCUUCAAGACUCGGAACAGUUGAAAAAAGAUCACGAAAAAUUUCAAGUCGCCAUCGAGAAAACUCACACUUCCGCCGUUCAAAUCAAACAUCGUUCGGAAGCUCUCAUAAAUGCGAAUCACUACGAUCCGAACAGCAUUCGUGAAAUAGCCGAAGAAGUAACAAAAAGAUGGCAGCAACUAGUCACUUGCGCGGAAGAACGACACAAACUCGUGACGGCUUCGUCGAAUUUUUACAAAACGGCCGAACAAGUGUGUUCAGUUUUGGACAGUCUGGAGAGAGAGUACAAGAGAGACGAGGAUUGGUGCAGCAGCGAAAAAGUCGUGUCGGGAGAUAAAAUCGUCGCCAUUGCCGAACACAUAAACAAACAUCAGGAAAAGAAGGAAGCUUUUUUGAAAGCGUGCACACUCGCGAGGAGAACGGCGGAAACUUUUCUGAAAUACACGAGUCGGAGUCUUCAGUAUUAUAAUUACCAAGGGGAAGCCGGAACGAGAAAUGCCGAACAACGAGUCAAAGGUAAAUUAGAUAUUUUGAGCCAGGAAAAUAAAGUUUUAGAAUAUUGGACGCUUAGGAAAAAAAGAUUAGAUCAAUGUCAACAGUACCUGCUUUUCGAGAGAUCAGCUCAACAAGCUUUAGAAUGGAUACGUGACAAGGGCGAUCUCUACCUAUCGACUCACACGUCCGUGGGUCAAAACAAAGACGAAACAGAAACGUUGCUCUCGGAACACAACGAAUUCAAAGGGAAAGCCAAAGAAACGCGAGAAAGAGUUAAACUCAUCAUUCAAUUGGCGGAUAAUCUCGUUGAAAAUGGACACGCUCACGCGAACGCCAUUAAACAGUGGGUGGCAGCCGUCGACAACAAGUACAAAGAUUUUAGCUCGAGAAUGAACAAAUACCGGGGUCAAUUGGAAAAUUCUCUGGGAAUACAAGCGAAAGCGGAAUUGAAACAAGAUUUGUCCAUUGAUCGUAAUUCGGAUUCCUCCCUGGACAACAAAGUCAAAGAACCCACGUCGAAGGAUUUGAAAGAAUUGAACGAAGAGAAAAGGAGAUCAGCGAGAAGAAAAGAAUUCAUAAUGGCUGAACUCCUUCAGACUGAAAGAACGUACGUCAAAGAUUUAGAAACUUGCAUAAAAGUUUUCCUGAACGAAAUGAGAACGUCUUCUAGUCUUCCCAUUCACAUACACAACAAAAGCGAUGUAGUUUUUGGUAACAUGGAAGAAAUAUACGAAUUUCACAACGGGAUAUUUCUUAAAGAACUUGAAAAAUACGAAACAAUGCCGGAAGAUGUCGGUCACUGUUUCGUCACAUGGGCUCAAAAAUUUGACAUGUAUGUAAAAUAUUGUAAAAACAAACCAGAUUCGAAUUCGGUGCUAGUCAAUCACGCGGGUACAUUUUUCGAAGAUCUUCAAAAGAAACACAGGGUGGAACAUCCCAUAGCCGCGUACCUGAUAAAACCCGUACAAAGGAUAACAAAAUAUCAGCUUUUGUUAAAAGAUUUGCAAAGUUGUUGCCAAGAAGGACAGGGAGAAAUAAAGGACGGUCUCGAAGUCAUGCUCAACGUUCCGAAAAAAGCAAACGACGCCAUGCAUUUGUCACUUUUGGAAAAUUGCGACAUUUCAUUGGAUAAAUUGGGAGAAGUCAUUUUGCAAGACACUUUUCAAGUUUGGGAUCCGAAACAGAUAAUACGAAAAGGUCGGGAAAGGCACAUAUUCCUUUUCGAACUUUAUUUAUUGUUCAGCAAAGAAGUGAAAGAUUCGAAUGGAAAAGCCAAAUACAUAUACAAAAAUAAAUUAAUGACGUCCGAAUUGGGAGUGACUGAACAUAUCGAAGGUGACGAAUGUAAAUUUGCCGUUUGGACGGGACGAGCUCCCAUAUCGGAUUAUAGAAUCGUUUUAAAGGCAUCUUGUUUGGACGUCAAACAAACGUGGGUUAAAAAACUACGUGAAGUCAUACAGGAAACGUAUUUUUCGACGGCUUUGCCUCUAAGCUUACCCAAAAGUCCGGCCAAAGGAAAAAGUGGAAGCAGUCAAAGAUCGAGCAGAGACAUGGAAGACAACGGUUCGUUGGAUGAAAAUGCGGAAAGAGUUUCCGUUGCGUCUUUCAGUUCCGGAAACACUACGGAUUCCGAUAAGCGGUGUCAAAUGAUGGCGACGGGGGAAAAACCGCAAAAAUCCCGUCGUAAAAUUUCCCUUCCAUGGUUCAGACAGGGAUCCGUGAAUAAACCUCAUCACGGUUUGACGAGACAACACACGAUUGAUACUCCCGGAGGUUUUCAUGCUCGUUUUUUACAUCGUCAGCAUUCCCAGGUCGAGCCUGUUGUCGAAAUGACUUGGGUCAUAGGUGAUCACGUGGCUGCUCCGGGAAGUCAAGAACUCACCGUUCACAAGGGACAACAAGUCGAAGUUCUCGACGUUAACGUUUCCUCACCCGAUUGGUGUCUCGUUAGAAUGUCUACAUCCGGUUCCGUCGAUUCUCCGCCGGAAGGACUCGUUCCUCUGUCCAUUUUGAAACAGCCUCCCGGUUUGAGAACUUCGCCCUGUAGGAAAAAUUCAAACGAUUUGGAAACAGAACCGGGUACCAGCGAUGGAACGGGUACUACCUCUGCCGGACACGCCAUAGCAAGUUCGCCAGUUAACAAAAGAAGAGUUUUUAGCGGUAGAAAAUGGCUUCCGCCACCGUUGCGGAAGUUGAGUCAGGGAAAAGUAGAGAAAAACAAUACUCAGGAUAGGCCGCAAUUGAAAAAGACUCCCUCCGAUAAAAGAUUCAGGUUGCCGUCCAUAGAAAUGGGUAACAAGCAAAGUUCAACGACGGCCGAAGAAGAAUUGGAAUCGUCCAACAGGUUGGAAAAUGGUGAAGAAGGUGAAGAGGAUGCCGUCGAACUUCCGCCUCCUAUGAAACCAAUACAGGAACCCUUGCUCGUACCCACGGAAGAUUCGCAGGGUGAAAGGAUUUCCGAACUUUCGUUGACUCAUUUGGAAGGAGCUGCAGAAAUCGAACAAAUAGUCAAAGAAAGAAUGGAACAACACACGGAAAACCGUGAGAAAAAUAAUACGCUUAACAGAGAUGGGAAAUCCGUUGGUGACGUCACAGCAACAGGAGCAGGAACGACAACGCCGACAACGGGUUCGAGCGAGACGAAUAAUAGUAGAAAUAGCGUCGUAGACAUUACAACGUCGUCUUCGUCGACGACGACGAAUAAUAAUAAUCCCGAAGAUGCCAUGUUGAAAAGGGAUUACGUGAUUCGAGAGCUAGUCGAUACGGAAAAGGAUUACGUUAGAGAUUUAGGUUUAGUAGUUGAGGGUUACAUGGCGCUCAUGAGAAAUCCCGAUUGUGAUAUACCCAUGCCUGAAGAUUUGAAAUCGGGAAAGGAUAAAAUGGUUUUCGGUAAUAUCGAAGCCAUUUACGAAUGGCACAAAAGUCGUUUCUUGGUGAGUUUAGAAGAAUGCAUCGAACAUCCGGAAAAAUUAGGGCCGUUAUUUAAAAAAUACGAAAGAAAAUUACACAUGUACGUCGUUUAUUGUCAAAAUAAACCCGUUUCGGAGUACAUCGUUUCCGAAUACAUAGACACGUAUUUCGAGGAACUUAGGCAAAAAUUGGGACACAAAUUAACACUAGGAGAUCUAUUAAUAAAACCUGUACAGAGAAUAAUGAAAUAUCAAUUGUUGUUGAGAGAUAUAGCUAAAUACACACAACGAGCCGAUCUCAAGUCUGAAAUGGAGGAUCUCAGAAUUGCUUUGCAAGUCAUGCACGUCGUACCUAAAUCAGCCAACGACAUGAUGGACGUCGGAAGGUUGCAAGGUUUCGACGGUAAAAUAACGGCUCAAGGGAAACUCCUUCUUCACGGUCUUUUAAUGUGUUCGGAAGUCAUGGCGGCUGCGGGUGCCAAAGCAAAAGAAUUGCAAGUCUUCCUAUUCGAACAGAACAUAAUAUUCAGCGAAGCCGUGGGAAAGAAAACUCAAUUCACCGAUCCAAUGUACAUAUACAAGGCUCACAUACAGGUCAAUAAGGCGGCACUAGACGAAACGUAUUGCGACGAUCCGGAGGGUGUCAAAUUCGUUAUUAUAUCAACGGAUCGUAAAAAAUCACCCAUGGGAUUCGUAUGCGCGGCAUCGUCACGGGAAUCACGUAACGAAUGGGUUACGACUAUAAAAAACAUGUUGCAAACUCAAAAAGACUUUUUGAAAGCCAUACAAUCCCCAAUCGCUUACCAAAAGGAACUCACAAAGGAAACGUAA